UGCUAAUAUAAAGCUGAAAACAGUGUAUAUUUGAGGUUAGAAGGAACAUGGAAAGUAGAUGGCAGCACUCUCUUUAGGAAGAAGAGGAAGGCUCUUUGUAUAAAAAUGAAACUUCUGAAGAUCACAGACCAUAGGAUUUAUAGCUGAACGGACAGGAGAGAGCACUUUAAUCUAGAGGCCCAGAAAAGGGAAGUGACUUGCAAAGAAUGAAUAGCAAAGAAGUAAUAAAUAAUCGAGCCGGGAACUCAACAGAAGUCUCCAGGGUUCUUUCCAUUCCACUAUCCCAGUCCCCACCCCCAACAACCCUGAGAAAGACUGUUUUUUUUUCCAUCUAUAGGCAAAUAAAUUUAGAUAACCUUUAAAUACUUGUCUAAUGGUUACAUCCUGCUAUGUUCUCCGACCCCACACAAAAGUGCAAGCUUUAAGAAAGGCUGCGUGAUCAGAAUACAAGACGCCCAGACCUCCUUCUGGUCUCAAAUGUACUUGCCACGGACUGAGGAGGAGAAAAGACGGAAAGGAGAGAUGGAAAAAAUAAUAGGAGACAGGAAAAGUGGAUCACAAGGGGGGAAAAACAGAGCAAGAAAGAAGACAAAACAGAAAUUCUGGGCUUUGUCGGCCGCCGUACCACCCGGAGCGUCUGUCGCUAUGGCAACUUUGGAAAGCGGCGGGAGGAGGUGACUUUGUCUUGGGGUUCGCGCGCGCUUAGGACUCCUGCUUUUGUGAAGCUGUGACUAGGGCUCCUAACGGCCUAAUAAAUAUUCACUCACCUUUUUUGCAUAGCUUCUGGAGCAACACAGAACAAUUUCCCCAUGGAUUUCACAGAGGCUUCCUCUAGCUCAUGGAACUCAGGCCGGGGUCCUCUGGUGAAUGUCUCCUUGCCCAUUCCUGCCAUUGUCUUCAUCAGUGUGGUCGCCUACUUGCUGCUGCUUGGCCUGGUGCUGCUGGCCAGACGUUACUUGGUGGAGCAGGACUGUUGUACAGACUGCAGAGGGCCCUGCAGGAAGACAGACACCCAUGGUCCCUUUGAGUGUUGCCAGGGCUGCGCUGAAGCCUGUGACUUCCCUCUACCCAAUCCAACCAGAUGCUUGGAUGCCUGCUGUCCCCAGCCUAUGGAAGCAGGUUGGACUCCCCAGUGCCCCAGAUGCUUCCCACUGUGUGACUGUGCCUGUGCCUGCCAGCUGCCCGAUUGUCAAAGCCUCAAUUGCCUUUGCUUUGAAAUCAAGCUCAGAUGAGGAUCGUUUGUUCACGGUUAUGGAACGUGGCCUUCCAGAGGACCUGUCUACCCCAAGUGCUGAGAAACAUUCCCUGGCAGUAGGAUCACCACCUCAUUGGAGCCCCAACUGUCUUGCCCACCUGUUCCCAAGGGCGGGCCAUCCUUUGGUCUUCAUUGGACCUAAGCAGAGAAGAUCCAGGCUCUCCUAGCAAGAUGCAGAGAGCAGUUACCCUAAAAGAAGUAAACCUUCUUAAGAGCUGGGGACCUCAAGCACCUUGGAGAAAAUUCAUG